GGAGCACUAGCCCAUUACUCACUACUGUGGGACUUUUGGAGGCAAAAAAUGGCGGCUAAUGCUACUUUAUCUCUGGCCUUAACUCCUUUCUCGUUACUGAAGGACAACCCCAAACCCCCAUUUGGAGGUGCGCCGAGACGAUUCGUUUGCUGUUCUGCGGGCUUUUCUUCUUCUUUGUGUCUUCUUCCGGGCCGCAGCUCUAAGGCUAGGGUUUUUACUGCCUCGGCGGAAACGGCGGUGGACGGAGGAGAACAUGUGGAGGAAGAAGAACUGUGGAAAAUGCCAAGGGCAACAGAAGUGUACGUGUGCAACCUUCCAAGAAGUUGUGACACCGAACAGCUACUUCAUAUGUUCAAACCUCACGGAACCGUUCUAUCUGCCGAGGUUUGCCGGAAUGAGGGGAGUGGUGAAAGUAGAGGGAGUGCAUAUGUGACGAUGGGGUCUACUAACUCCGCAAAAAAUGCAAUUGAUGCAUUGGAUAGAACGGAUGUUGGCGGGCGCGAAAUGCGGGUUAGAUUUUCUGCUGAGAUGAAUCCUAGGGGGAGGAAUCUUGAGACAAUGAACUCGUCACCCAAGAGAGUUAUAUACUAUGAAGGUCCUCAUAAGUUGUAUGUUGGGAAUCUUUCCAGAGCUGCUAGGCCUGAAGACUUGAGGCAACUCUUUGGUAGGUUUGGUAAUGUGGCUAGUGUAAGGUUGUUGCAAGAUUUAAGACAUGGGAAACGCCGGGUCUAUGCAUUUAUCUCGUAUCUUUCCGAGGGAGAACGUGAUGCAGCAAUGUCCCUCAAUGGAACAGAAUUUUGUGGUCGUACGCUAGUGAUUAGAGAGGGUGUAGGGAGAGAGGAUUGAGACCGAACCGGAGAUCUAGAUUGCAGAGAUUGUUGCAGUUUUGGUUGUUUUAGGAUGAAGCAUUCUGCUCUGAUUCGUAUACCUUAGAUUGAUGCGAGAUGGAGAACAUUCCUAAACUAGAAUUUCAGCUAGAAGUAGAGGGGUUACCCACUGUGAAAAUUCCAUCAAAAUCUGGAUUUAUACUCUCUUUUUUUUGUAUUUCAAAUUGCGACCAGCAAUAUGCCAAUAUCUCGCCGUGUAUUUGGCUUUGGAAUUGGAUUGGCUUAGUCUGAAACUGAAGACCGUCUCAUUCAUUAAAAUGAUUGCUUUCACCUCAAAAUAUUAAUUAUCUAAAUUUCAGAACAGAUGGUAAUCAUCUACAUGAGUGCAGUUGUUUUCUUAGACAUAUCUUUUUACGUGGGCGAUGUAUAAUUGACAUGAUCCCCAGACAAUAUUUCAUUUAUCCAUAAGUUCGUCACAACUUGAUUCCGAAUAAGUGAAUUUGCCUUUUGGGAUAUCAUCCACUUGUUUGAAAAGAAUAACGUUAGUCACGCAAACUAAUCCAUAGUGAAUGUAUAUUGGUGCAAGCAGCUGUGCGGAAGAAA